AUGUCAAAGGAACUAACGAAGUUAAUACCAGGAUGUUAUGCACAAGGUGACAGACAAGCGAAGAGAUUUAUUACCGAUAAGUUACCAUUAUUGAUGUCAUUAGAUGCAAACAUGUGGUCUGAAAUCAUCCGUUUAUUUCAAGAACUGAAGCAGUCGGAUCAUUUUAAAGAUAACGUGUCAACACUACUAACAUUCGAUGGUAGCCGUGUGAAAAGUAAGGAAACUCUCUUUGAAACUUAG